AUGGCUGGCAUGUCGUGGCGACCACCCAGCAUGUACUGGUGUGUGGGGCCAGAGGGGUCAGCCGUGUGUCCAGGACGCGCCAUGGAGACCCACAAUGGGGCCACGGACAUGGGCAGCAAACUGUCCACGACAGGCAGCAAUGCCUCCGUCCGCUUCCCCAGGAUAGACGGCAUCAACACUGCGUACAAGCGGGGAGACCCCAGCGAGGCCCGGGCCCUGGUCAGAGAGGCCUGUCAUGAGAGCCUGUCCCAGCUGGAAAAGGGCCAACUUCUGAGUGUCUCGGCAUCCUAUGGGGACCUGGAGAUGGUGCGGUAUCUUCUCACCGAGAGGCAAACUCAGUUGCCAACAGAGCCCACCGAUGACAACCCAGCCGUGGUGGCAGCGUAUUUUGGGCACGCCACAGUGGUGCAGGAAUUGCUUGAGUCCUUACCAGGACCCUGCAGCCACCAGCGGCUGCUGAACUGGAUGCUGGCACUGGCCUGCCAGCGAGGCCACCUGGGCGUCGUCAAGCUCCUUGUCCUGACACACGGGGCCGACCCGGAGAGCUACGCAGUCAGGAAGAAUGAGUUCCCUGUCAUCGUGCGCUUGCCCCUGUAUGCGGCCAUCAAGUCAGGGAAUGAAGACAUUGCCAUUUUCUUGCUUCGUCAUGGGGCCUUCUUCUGUUCCUACAUCUUACUGGACAGCCCUGAACCCAGCAAACGUCUCCUCAGGAAGUACUUCAUAGAAGCCAGCACCUUGCCCAGCAGUUGUUCGGGGAAAACGGCGCUUCGUGUGAAGUGGUCCCAUCUCAAGUUGCCCUGGGUGGAUCUUGACUGGCUGAUCGACAUCUCCUGCCAGAUCACCGAGCUGGACCUUUCUGCCAACUGCCUGUCUUCCCUCCCCUCCGUCAUUCCCUGGGGGCUGAUCAAUCUCCGGAAGCUGAACCUCUCAGACAACCACUUAGGGGAGCUGCCCGGGGUGCAGUCAUCAGACGAAAUCAUCUGUUCCAGGCUACUUGAGAUUGACAUCUCUAGCAACAAACUGUCCCAUCUCCCACCAGGAUUUCUGCACCUCUCAAAACUUCAAAAACUGACAGCUUCAAAAAAUUAUUUAGAAAAAUUAUUCGAAGAAGACAGUGCCACGAACUGGAUUGGUUUGCGGAAACUACAGGAACUUGAUUUAUCUGACAAUAAAUUGACAGAGCUCCCAAUGCUGUUCCUUCAUUCUUUCAAGUCGCUCAGUUGUCUGAAUGUCUCCAGAAACAACUUGAAAGUGUUUCCGGAUCCCUGGGCCUGCCCCUUGAAAUGUUGCAAAGCAUCCAAAAAUGCCCUGCAGUCUCUGCCAGACAAAAUGGCUGUGUUCUGGAAAACUCACCUGAAGGACGUGGAUUUUUCAGAAAACGCACUAAAAGAAGUUCCCCUGGGACUUUUUCAGCUUGAUACCCUGAUGUUCCUGAAGUUACAGGGAAACCAGCUGGUGACACUUCCACCUCACUCUAAGUGGACCUGUAGGCAACUCAAAACGCUGGAUCUCUCCAGAAACCAACUUGGGAAAAACGAUGACGUGCUGAAAACAAAGCGUAUUUCCUUUUUCACCACCAGAGGCCGCCAGCGUUCAGGGACUGAGUCAGGCUGUGUGCUGGAGUUCCCGGCCUUCCUAAGUGAGUCUCUGGAAGUCCUUUGUCUGAAUGACAACCAGCUGGAUGCAGUCCCACCCUCCGUGUGCCUACUGAAAAGCUUGUCAGAACUCUACUUGGGAAAUAAUCCCAGCCUCCAAGAGCUGCCUCCUGAGCUGGGGCAGCUGGGGAACCUCUGGCAGUUGGACACUGAAGACCUCACCAUCACCAAUGUGCCCGCAGAGAUCAGGAAAGAAGGCCCCAAGGCAAUGCUGUCUUACCUGCGGGCGCAGCUGCGGAAAGCGGAGAAGUGCAAACUGAUGAAGAUGAUCAUCGUGGGUCCCCCGCGCCAGGGCAAGUCCACCCUCCUGGAGAUCUUACAGACGGGGAGGGCCCCCCAGGUGGUGCACGGCGAGGCCACCAUCAGGACCACCAAGUGGGAGCUCCAGAGGCCGGCUGGCUCGAAAGCCAAGGUUGAGUCCGUGGAGUUCAACGUCUGGGACAUCGGCGGCCCGGCCAGCAUGGCCACGGUCAACCAGUGCUUCUUCACGGACAAGGCUCUCUAUGUGGUGGUCUGGAACCUGGCGCUGGGGGAGGAGGCCGUGGCCAACCUCCAGUUCUGGCUGCUGAGUAUCGAGGCCAAGGCCCCCAACGCAGUGGUGCUGGUGGUGGGGACCCACCUGGACUUGAUCGAGAGCAAAUUCCGCGUGGAAAGGAUCGCGACGCUGCGUGCCUACGUGCUGGCCCUCUGCCGCUCGCCCUCGGGGUCCCGAGCCACGGGCUUCCCCGACAUCACUUUCAAACACUUACACGAACUAUCCUGUAAGAGCCUGGAAGGCCAGGAGGGGCUGCGACAGCUGAUCUUCCACGUCACUUGUAGCAUGAAGGCUGUGGGCGACACCAUCAGCAGCCAGCGGCUCGUGGGGAGGCUGAUUCCCAGAAGCUACCUGAGCCUCCAGGAGGCCAUCCUGGCCGAGCAGCAGCAGCGUGGCCAGAAAGACGACGUCCAGUACCUGACCGACAGGCAGCUGGAGCAGCUGGUGGAGCAGACCCCUGACAACGACAUCAAGGACUAUGAGGACCUGCAGUCCGCCAUCAGCUUCCUCAUCGAGACGGGCACCCUGCUGCACUUCCCGGACACCAGCCACGGCCUGCGGAACCUCUAUUUCCUCGACCCCAUCUGGCUAUCUGAGUGUCUGCAGAGGAUCUUCCACAUAAAGGCCUCCAGGUCGGUGGCCAAGAACGGCGUGAUCCGAGCAGAGGACCUCAGGAUGCUGCUUGUCGGGACAGGCUUCACGCAGCAGACGGAAGAGCAGUACUUCCAGUUCCUGGCCAAGUUUGAGAUUGCCCUGCCCGUCGCCAACGACAGCUACCUCCUGCCACAUCUCCUUCCAUCCAAGCCAGGGAUGGACACCCACGGCCUGCGGCACCCCACGGCCAACACCAUCCAGAGGGUGUUCAAGAUGAGCUUCGUACCCGUUGGCUUCUGGCAAAGGUUUAUAGCCCGCAUGCUGAUCAGUUUAGCAGAGAUGGAUCUCCAGCUUUUUGAAAACAAGAAGAACACCAAAAGCAGGAACCGGAAGGUCACCAUUUACAGUUUUACAGGAAACCAGAGAAAUCGCUGCAGCACGUUCAGAGUGAAGAGAAACCAGACCAUCUACUGGCAGGAGGGCCUUCUGGUCACCUUUGACGGGGGCUACCUCAGCGUUGAGUCCUCCGAUGUGAACUGGAAAAAGAAAAAGAGUGGCGGAAUAAAAAUCAUUUGCCAGUCAGAAAUGAGGGACUUCUCAGCGAUGGCUUUUAUCACAGAUCAUGUCAAUUCCUUGAUGGAUCAGUGGUUUCCCGCCCUGACGGCCACGGAGAGUGACGGGACCCCGCUCAUGGAGCAGUACGUGCCCUGCCCAGUCUGUGAGGCAUCCUGGGCCCAGCACACCCACCCGAGUGAGAGAUCCGAGGGCGUGCAGUACUUCGACAUGGAAGACUGCGUCCUCACGGCCAUCGAGCAGGACGUCAUCUCUUGCCCCCAGCACCCGGACCUGCCCGUGCCCCUGCAGGAGCUGGUCCCAGAGCUGUUCAUGACCGACUUCCCGGCCAGGCUCUUCCUGGAGAACAGCAGGCUGGAGCACAGCGAGGAUGAGAGCAGCGUCCUGGGCCAGGGCGGGAGCGGCACCGUCAUCUACCGGGCACGGUACCAGGGCACGCCGGUGGCCGUGAAGCGGUUCCAGAUCAAGAAGUUCAAGAACCUCGCAAAUGCCCCAGCAGAUACCAUGCUGCGGCACCUGCGGGCCACGGACGCCAUGAAGAACUUCUCAGAGUUCCGGCAGGAGGCCAGCAUGCUGCACGCCCUGCAGCACCCCUGCAUCGUGUCGCUUAUCGGCAUCAGCAUCCACCCCCUCUGCUUCGCACUGGAGCUGGCCCCGCUCGGCAGCCUCAACACCGUCCUCUCUGAGAAUGCCAAAGAUUCUUCCUUUAUGCCGCUGGGACACAUGCUCACCCAAAAAAUAGCGUACCAGAUUGCCUCCGGCCUGGCCUACCUGCACAAAAAGAACAUCAUAUUCUGUGACUUGAAGUCGGACAACAUUCUGGUCUGGUGCCUUGACAUCAAGGAACAUGUCAACAUCAAGCUCUCCGACUACGGAAUCUCCAGGCAGUCAUUCCACGAGGGUGCCCUCGGCGUGGAGGGCACGCCCGGCUACCAGGCCCCCGAGAUCAGGCCUCGCAUUGUGUAUGAUGAGAAGGUAGACAUGUUCUCCUAUGGAAUGGUGCUCUAUGAGUUGCUGUCAGGACAGAGGCCUGCACUGGGCCACCACCAGCUUCAGAUUGCCAAGAAGCUAUCCAAGGGCAUCCGCCCCAUGCUGGGGCAGCCCGAGGAAGUGCAGUUCCAUCGGCUGCAGGCCCUCAUGAUGGAGUGCUGGGACACCAAGCCCGAGAAGCGGCCCCUGGCUGUGUCCGUGGUGAGCCAGAUGAAGGACCCCACCUUCGCCACCUUCAUGUACAUGCUGCCAUGUGGAAAGCAGACGUCGUUCUUCUCAUCCCAGGGCCAGGAGUACACCGUGGUGUUUUGGGACGGCAAAGAGGAGUCCAGGAACUACACAGUGGUGAACACGGAGAAGGGCCUUCUAGAAGUUCAGAGAAUGAGCUGUGCGGGGAUGAGGCUGAGCUGCCAGAUCAAGGUCCAGAGCUCACUGUGGACUGCGACCGAGGACCAGAAGAUCUACAUCUACAGCCUCAAAGGCAUGUGCCCCUUAAAUGUGCCUCAGAGGGCCCUGGACACCCCGGCUGUGGUCACCUGCUUUCUGGCAGUCCCUGUCAUCAAAAAGAAUUCCUACCUGGUGCUGGCGGGCCUGGCUGACGGGCUGGUGGCUGCAUUCCCAGUGAUACGGGGAGCCCCAGAUGACAACUGCUCCUACCUGUGCUCACACACAGCCAACAGGGCCAAGUUCAGCAUCGCCGACGAAGACGCACGGCAGAACCCCUACCCCGUGCAGGCCAUGGAGGUGGCCAACAGCGGCUCUGAGGUCUGGUACAGCAACGGGCCGGGCCUCCUGGUCAUCGACUGCUUGGCCCUGGAGAUCAGCCGGCGGCUGGAGCCCUACUUGGCACCGUCCACAGUCACGUCCAUCACCUGCAGCUCCGAGUGCCGGGGGGAGGAAGUGGUCUGGUGCCUGGACGACAAGGCCAACUCCUUGGUCAUGUUCCACGCAGCCACUUACCAACUCUGCGCCCGCUACUUCUGCGGAGACCCCAGCCCCCUCAGGGACGUGUUUCCGGUAUGCCCACUGGUGGGGCCUGAGACCCUGGGCAGCGGCUGUGCAGCUGGCCCGAAGGAGCCCGUGGGGGACGGCAUCGCAGACGUGAGCAUCAUGUAUAGCAAAGAGCUGGGCACACAGAUCCUCACUCACCAAGACUCGCUGACCGACUACUGCUCCUUGUCCUCCUACUCCUCAUCCCCGCCCUGCCGGCCCGCCGGGUGCCCUGCCAGCCUGCCCAGCUCCCCGGCCAGCUUUUCCAGCGUGCCCUUCUCCACAGACUACGAGGACGAGCUCAACGUUUAUUCCAACCAGCCUGGACACUGCCUGACCCCUGUGGAUGGGGACGCCUUCAGCCAUCACCUGCAGGCUGUGAAGAUCCUGGCUGUAAAAGACCUCAUCUGGGUGCCCAGGCGUGGUGGAGAUAUUAUCGUCAUCGGCCUAGAGAAGGAGUCGGGGGCCCAGCGGGGCCGCGUCAUCGCCGUCCUGAAAGCCCGAGAGCUGACUCCGUAUGGGGAGCUGGUGGACGCAGCCGUGGUGGCGAAAGACAUGGUUGUGUGCUGCUUCGAGAACGAAAAUGCCGAGUGGUGCCUGGCUGUCUGGAGGAGCUGGGGCUCCAGGGAAUUCGACAUCUUCUACCAGUCCUACGAGGAGCUGGGCCGGCUGGAGAACUGCACACGCAAGAGGAGGUGACACCACAUGGGGCAGACAGUCCAGGCUGUCGGCCUCACCCCCCCGAAGACCUGGAAAAUGGAUAGAGUUCUCCUGACCAGCUUGCUGCUAAGACUGCUGGGGAGUGUGCAGCUGGGUGGGUGGUGGGCUGGGGUCCUCCCAUUGCUGAUUUUACAGCCCAAAGGGAGGAAGGCAGCACUGGGUGGGGAAGUGCCUCUCCCUGCCUCCUCCACCCCCCUUCCAGGGGUGGGGUACGGGGUUCCCACUCUGGGCUGGGCCUUCCCAUCCGUGUUCAAGCCCCAGGUCCCGGAUGGAGUUACACUAGAAGCUCUCAGCUGGGUAGCAGUCGGGGACAGGGCGGGAGGAGGGGUGACCCCUGCCACUCCUGCAGUGGCUCCAGCAAAUUUCACAAGGCUCUGCAUCCCUGAGGUGGGGCCCAGCUGGGACAAGCUGAGAUCAGAUGUCUCCACCCAGUGUGAGAAACUCACCGAGGCCAGAUCCUUGGCCAACCCGGGGAAUGAAUGAGUUCCUUUAAGUGCCACGGCCGGAAAGCCCAGGACACCCUCUCAGCUCUUUACUUUCUUUUCCAGCUGACAAAAGGAAGGAGUAACUCCAUCAGCAGGCUGUCAGAAUGGGUCUUGUGUUUAUAGCUAUGUCAAAUUAACAUAGACGCAGCUGGAACACAAACCCUGUUUGUUUGCACAUGAUAAUCUUGUUUAUCACUUGAAAAAAUUAAGUAAUAUCUCGGUGGUUAGGUCUGUAGUGGUGAAAUCACAUCCUAUGGGGCUCAUGCCAAAUUAUGUCUCAGCUAAAGAUUUACCGCACACAUGAUCAGCAGAGUAUAGAAAGCUAAAUUGUUAAUGGGGGAUUUAUGUGUAUGCAUGAGAACAAAUUUUUUUAUAUAUAAAUAACACGUGCACACACACGCACUCACACAUACCCACCUCUUUAUCAAGUGUUGCCGUUUGCAGCUACUUAACCCAGAACAGGAGUUUGAUUGUGCUAUUGCACUUUGGUUCAAGCUGUUGACCCUUUUCUAAAAUCAAAAUAGGAAAAAAUCAAACUGACAUUUCUCUGGGGUGUGCAGGCAGCUGUGAUUCGUUUAUCUGGAAAUAAACAGUCUCCCUUAAGAGAGACAUCUUGGCCUCUGUGUUUACUGAAAUGCCUGUGGUCACAGCCAGGCUGCUCCUACUCAGGUCCCACUCACUGCCCGAGGUGGAAAUAGGCAGUUGCAUCUUGGACUCCCAGUGGGAAGUGAGAAGGAGACAUUUGUGUGGAAACCGAGGAAAGCACUACAAAGCGGAGGGACCUGCAUGUGCAAAGGUCCUGCGGCAGCAACUGGUCUGCUGCAUGGAUGGGCUGGAUGAGAGGCUGGUGUGGCUGAAACAUUGUGAGCCACAACUGGGGGGGCACCAGUGCUGGUUACAGA